GGACUGUGUGUGUCUGGCUGUAGUUGACUCGAGGCGUCGAGAAGGCGCCGGAGACCCGUGUGAGGGGCGACCAGGAGGCGGUGGCCGUGGCUGUGAGAAGGAGCCGCAGAAACAGCAGCAGCGGCGGAGACGGCAGCCCUGAAAUGCAUUUUCCUUUCCAGCGGCCAUGUUAACCAGGAAACCUUCGGCCGCAGGUCCCGCCGCCUACCCGACGGGCCGAGGAGGGGACAGCGCCGUGCGUCAGCUUCAGUCUUCCCCCGGGCUUGGUGCUGGAGCCCCCCGGAGCGGAGUGGGGACUGGCCCUCCCUCCCCCAUCGCCUUGCCACCUCUUCGUGCUAGCAACGCUGCUGCCGCAGCCCACUCGGUUGGUGGCAGUAAGCACACAAUGAAUGAUCACUUGCACGUGGGCAGUCACAGCCACGGACAGAUCCAGGUUCAGCAGCUGUUUGAGGAUAACAGUAACAAAAGGACAGUGCUCACAACACAACCAAAUGGGCUUCCAACAGUGGGUAAAACGGGAUUGCCAGUGGUGCCAGAGCGGCAGCUGGAGAGCAUUCACAGACGGCAGGGGAGCUCUACCUCUCUGAAGUCUAUGGAAGGCAUGGGGAAGGUGAAAGCCACCCCCAUGACACCUGAGCAGGCAAUGAAGCAAUACAUGCAAAAACUAACCACCUUUGAACACCAUGAGAUUUUCAGCUACCCUGAAAUUUAUUUCUUGGGUCCAAAUGCAAAGAAACGCCAAGGCAUGACAGGUGGGCCAAACAACGGUGGCUAUGAUGACGACCAGGGAUCAUAUGUGCAGGUGCCCCACGAUCAUGUGGCUUACAGGUACGAGGUCCUGAAGGUCAUUGGGAAGGGAAGCUUUGGGCAAGUGGUGAAGGCCUACGACCACAAAGUCCACCAGCAUGUGGCCCUCAAGAUGGUGCGGAAUGAGAAGCGCUUCCACCGGCAGGCUGCAGAAGAGAUCCGAAUCCUGGAACACUUGCGGAAGCAGGACAAGGACAACACCAUGAAUGUCAUCCACAUGCUGGAAAAUUUCACCUUUCGCAACCACAUCUGCAUGACCUUCGAGCUGCUGAGCAUGAACCUCUAUGAACUCAUCAAGAAGAAUAAGUUCCAGGGCUUCAGCCUGCCUUUGGUUCGCAAGUUUGCCCACUCGAUUCUGCAGUGCUUGGAUGCUUUGCACAAAAAUAGAAUAAUUCACUGUGACCUUAAGCCCGAGAACAUUUUAUUAAAGCAGCAGGGUAGAAGCGGUAUUAAAGUGAUUGAUUUUGGCUCCAGUUGUUAUGAGCAUCAGCGUGUCUACACAUACAUUCAGUCGCGUUUUUACCGGGCCCCGGAAGUGAUCCUUGGGUCCCGGUAUGGGAUGCCCAUUGAUAUGUGGAGCCUGGGCUGCAUUUUAGCAGAGCUCCUGACAGGCUACCCCCUCUUGCCUGGGGAGGAUGAAGGGGACCAACUGGCUUGUAUGAUUGAACUCUUGGGCAUGCCCUCCCAGAAACUGCUGGAUACGUCCAAACGAGCCAAAAAUUUUGUGAGCUCCAAGGGUUACCCCCGUUACUGCUCCGUCACAACUUUGUCUGACGGCUCUGUGGUUCUCAAUGGAGGCCGUUCCAGGAGGGGAAAACUGAGGGGCCCACCUGAGAGCAGAGAGUGGGGGAAUGCACUGAAGGGGUGUGAUGAUCCCCUUUUCCUUGACUUCUUAAAACAGUGUUUAGAAUGGGAUCCUACGGUUCGCAUGACUCCUGGCCAGGCUUUACGGCAUCCCUGGCUGAGGAGGCGGCUGCCAAAGCCUCCAACCGGGGAGAAGAUGGCAGUGAAACGCAUAACCGAGAGCACUGGUGCUAUCACGUCGAUUUCCAAGUUACCUCCACCUUCCAGCUCAGCUUCCAAGCUGAGGACUAAUUUGGCACAUAUGACAGAUGCCAAUGGGAAUAUUCAGCAGAGGACAGUGUUGCCAAAACUUGUUAGCUGAGCUCGAAUCCCCUGAUGCUGGUAAUCUGAAAGAUACGACAUUUCUGAGCCUUAUUGGGUUGAAAAGGAGAAGCUCAGACCUGUUUUUAUUUGCUCAAUAAUUUUACUCAUUUGUAUCUUUUCAGCACUUAUUUUAACGUAAGAAAGUUGUUCAUUUUGUUUUUAUAAAAUACAUGGGGACAGUG